UAGUGUUUACUUUUUUUUUUUAAACUCGUUUCCGCUUCCGGUACGACGCUACGCGAACCCAAGUCUUUCUCGCUGCUCAAUGGCGGAAUAUUCCAGUGUAAAAUCAACCAAACUGGUUCUAAAAGGUUUAAAUAAAGGGAAAAAGAAGAAACACAAAGACAGGAAGAGAAAAGGAGAAGAUGAAGAAUCCAAACCUGAUGUGGUUGGUGGUUGGUGGGCCGUCCGGCAUUUUGGCGAUAUCAACGGUAUGGUCGCCAUAGAGAUGCACAACAACUCAUACAUCCACGCCUUGGACACUGGUCUCUUCACUGUGGGCGCGCCACACAAUGACGAUGAAGGACCCGACCCUCCUGAACAGUUCACAGCGGUCAAGCUCUCUGACAACAGGAUAGCCUUGAAGUCCGGCUACGGCAAGUACCUGGGGCUCAACUCUGACGGUUUGGUGGUGGGCCGCUCGGACGCCAUCGGCGCCAGAGAGCAGUGGGAGCCUGUUUUUCAAGAAAGCAAGAUGGCGCUCUUGGCCUCCAACAGCUGCUUCAUCUCCUACAGCGAGAGCGGCGACAUCGAGGCCAAGAGCAAGACAGCGGGCGAGGGCGAAAUGCUGAAGAUCAGGUCGUGUGCGGAGCAGGAGGUCAAGCGAAAAGACGACAUCGCCGACGAGGACCGAGGCAACGUCAAGUCCUGUGAGGUCAAUUACGUGAAGAAGUUUCAGAGUUUCCAGGACCGACGUCUCAGAGUGAACGAGGACGAGUCGUCCAAGCUGAAGAAAGCGAGGCUCGACGGAAAGUUCCACGAGGCUUUGCUUGACAGGAGGAGCAAAAUGAAAGCAGACAGAUAUUGCAAAUGAAAAAUGUGCUGUCUUUUAUGUAAACAUUUUUUUUGUAGAAUGGACCAUAUGUAGUCACCUGAUUUUUUUUUGGAAUAAACUCUUCAUGGUCAUGUC